UCGGUCGAAGUGCUCGUACUCGCUCCCUCGCUCGCGCAGUGUUGGAGCGCGCGUCCGAGGCGUUCGACUUUCGAGUGGCGACGUGACGUACGCUAGCAUACCGUGUAUGUCUUCAUUAUUGAUGCAAAAGUUCCACGAUGGUAGAUAAUAAUCAUAACGGGAAAUUGUUACAAGAAUUACAGAAGAAAAGUGCAAAUAAUGUGUGUGCAGAUUGUGGGAGUGAAGACCCCGACUGGGCGUCAUAUAACAUCGGCAUUUUCAUCUGCAUGCGAUGCGCCAGCAUCCAUCGAGGGAUGGGCGCCCACAUCAGCAAGGUGAAACACCUCACGCUGGACAGAUGGGAGGAUUCACAGGUGAAGAGAAUGGAGGAAGUCGGUAACGUCGCGGCCAAGAACAAGUAUGAAGAGAGAGUCCCACCGUGCUACAGGCGACCGACCAAAUAUGAUCCACAAGUUCUAAUCGAGCAAUGGAUCCGUGCAAAAUACGAGCGCGAAGAGUUUUGCCACCCCGAGCGCCAGAGCUACCUCUCGGGCACAAUGGAGGGCUUCCUUAUGAAGCGUGGCAAGGAAGACAGCCGCUACCAGCAGAGAAAAUUCGUUUUGAGCGAAACUGAGGACACAUUGAAGUACCAUCACGCGUCAGACGGCUGUGGCCGUGCCGCGAGUUGCCUCGAUCGAUUAUUCGAUCGACUUCGGAUCAAAAACAUUGGUCGAUGGAGAUACCACGUCAGAGAAAAUAAGGAACCAAAAGGUGUACUUAAGUUGUCAGAACUCAACGUGUGCUUCGCACCGCCGAAGAUUGGUCACAUGAAUUCAAUGCAGCUUACGUUUAUGAAGGAUGGAUCCACAAGGCACAUAUACGUUUACCAUGACGAGCCAGAAGUCAUCAACAAUUGGUAUACAGCAAUCCGUUGCGCCCAGUUACACCUUCUCCAAGUGGCAUUUCCCUCCACACCUCAGUCAGAACUCGUGGAACGACUUCCUAAAGAUUUCGCCCGCGAAGGGUUUCUCUGGAAGACUGGACCUAGACCCUCAGACGUCCAUAGACGAAGAUGGUUCACUUUAGAUAACAGGAAGCUGAUGUAUCACGAUGAGCCGCUUGACGCGUAUCCCAAAGGAGAAAUAUUUAUUGGACACGAAUCACACGGCUACUACAUAAGGGUGUCGAACACCGGUAACGGUUGCAAGGACGCCAGAUUCCCCUUCCAAGUGGUGACGCCCGACCGGACGUACUGCCUCGCCGCCAAAACGCAUGAGGACCGCGCCGGCUGGCUCGCCGUCAUACAGCAGACCAUACAGCGGCCGCUCACACCUCAGGACUCUGCAAUUGAGGCGACUUUGGUACGAAAGCGAACGACAUCAAACUCUAUCAGCAUAUUCUCAGGAAGGUAGUUAUAUAGGACUAUACAUUUUAUAUUGUAAGACUGUGUUGUAAGCAAUUAAUAUUCACACUGUGAAAAUAUAUUGGCGUUGAUCGCUUUCAGCUUUUAGUUGAGGAAAUUCGACACAUUAUAUUUUACUCCAUUGAUCAUAAAAUAACACAAAAUUAAGUUCCAUAUGAUCAAUGUUUUAUCCUGACGAUGUAAAAAGUUUUAGACUAAUUUCAUUUUUGUAAAUAUUUUUACUUAAUUUACUCCUUUAAUAAUUUCAUUUAUGAUUCGUAUUUUAAAUGUAAAUCAAUAUUAAUCGAAUAAAAAAUAUUGUAGAUUUAAUUUAUUAAUACAUGAACAGGAAGGACUGAAUCUUAAAGAUGUAGAUAAUUUUACCGUUUAGUAUUUAAGUUGUGAACGACUGUUUAUUUUAAUAUUUAUUGCGACCUGAUUAUACGCACAACGCCAAUAGUUGAUACAAACUAGUUGCGCGAGGGUGUUAAAUCUGUAGAAAUUUCGGGACAAAAAUGAAAUUAUGUUCAUCCGAGCAGCACAAAAAUUUGAUCGAUCGCUCAGCGAUUGAGGCGUAAUUGACUAAAAAUUUAGGGUUUGAAUAUUUUUCAAACGAAUGAUGAUCCGACUAAAUCGGAUGUUAUUGAAAAUAAUAUAAUUCGAUUUUGGCGCAAAAUGCAUGUCUAGUAUGCAUUUGUUAUGUAAAUUGGUCACCUACUGAAAGUUGGUCUGGAUUGUUUCCAUGCGAUUAAAGUUUUCUAUCGUGGUAAAAGACAUUUUACAGGGACUUGGUAUAUGGUAAAAAUAAUGUAUUGGCAAUACUGCGAGGAUAUGAUUAAUAAAUAAUACAUUUGUAGACUUAAUAUAGUAUUUUAAGCAAUAUAGACUAAAAUUAGGAUUUUUUUUUCAUAAAGCAUUGUGGAUUUUUGGUAUUUUUGUAAAAAAAAAUCAUUGUGGUAUUGCCUUUUAGUAAAUUAAGCGAUGAUAAUGUAAACGAGUGAAAUAAAUUUUAUUCUUGUCGACAAACAUAGCACAGAACUAGUAGAUAUUUACAUAAAUCAGGCGAUUUUGUGGUCUAACAAAUACUUGUACGAGACCACUUCUGAUGUCCCAAAAACAUUAUGGUACUAGUUUUUUUGAUUUCUGAGAUAAUACUACAUACGUCAGUGAUUCUAUUUUUGAAAUACGGUAGUUGAACUUGAGGAAUAAUACUUGUUCUAAAUUGUUGAUUGGGAUAGGAUGAAUGACAAGAACGUUUUUAUUUUCGUUUUUAUGGAUUUCUUCGCUCGGUUAAAGAGAAAAUAUUUGAUAACAUGAAAUCAAUUGGAGUGAAACUAUGAAUCUGUAAAACAAUUCACUCAAUCUCUAGGCUCAACUCAACCAAAAUAUGUAGUGAGUAUAGAAGUGUCGACGUACCUAAAUAUAUAGUUAAUUUGCAUUUGUAUAGGAAAAUAUAAAACAUAAGUUUAUAUAUUUUUAAUAGCUAUCGGUUUUCCGGGUUAAUUAAUAUAUUUUUGUGUAACAUUAAACUAAUAGUAAUAUAUAAUAUUAGGUACUUAUUUUAACUUUCGUGAAACUCGAUUUUGAAACCAAUAAAAUAGAAAUGGUUUUUAUGUUGCUUUUAGACUGUUAUAUUAUUUUGACAUAAUUAAAUAUUUUCAUAAUUCAUUUUCAUCUUUUUAGAGUUCCGUAGGUCAAGAGGAAUAAACAGAUCUCUAAAAUCAUUCGUAUGUCCGACCUUCACAGCUAGUUUACUUCGAAACUACCAAACCGAUUGAGUUGACAUUUAGCACACACAAGCACACAUAUUAGUCUUGUUAUUCAAAGAUGGCCAAGUAACUUGAAUGAUUUUUGGGGGCUCCUCAUGGGGGUAAAUUAGAUUUUUAAAGUUUCUCAAAAUGGGACUUAUCAAUUCAAAUAUGUGAGUGAUUUGUUCCAUCUCAUUCGCAUGUAAGAUUCGUAACCGAGACGGUUCACAUUCCAUCGCGUGCUCCUGCACAAUACAGCAGGUGCAUUAACAACAUAAACUACGAGUGAAUGAGUUAUUUUGUUACUCUAACAUGAUCUAUGUUAAAUAUAUUGAUAACUUUGUAUAAUCUCUAGGACUAUUUCCUAUUUAGUAUGCAGGUCAUAAACUUUUAAUAAAAUUAUGAAACUGAUUGUGAAUGGGAGGUUGGUAUAUAUUUUAAAUAAUAUUGCAAUAAGGUAGUGUAUACUAUCACAAUAGUUUUAGGUGUAGUAUGAAUACUCUGGAAUACAGGCUUUAAUCAUGGUGUAUGAUUUAUUGUUUUAAAUGUUUGUCCCAUAGAAAUAUGUGUAGUAAUGUAUAAAGGAAGAUUCCCAUCACAAUAAAUUAGUUUAAUUAUUUCGCAUCAAUGUUAUAGUUUGUAAAAUAUUAGGAAAAUUAAAAAUGCUGAUUUUUGUUUGCCCAUUGUAUGAUACCUUUGAUACUUUGUAUGUACUAAAUUUAUACAUUGAACAGCAAUAGAUACGAUUAUGACAAGCGUAUUAGUUUUGAUAUAUGGCAAUAACUUGUAAUUAAAAAGUUAAUAUAAAUCCGUUUAGGCAAAUGUUGAGUGAGAAUAUUCAUUUUGUAUCACGGCCAUAUCAGUGAUAUGUGAAGGGGGUUAAUUUAAAUAAAAUUAAAAUAUUGUUUACCUCAUACGACGCACGAAAAGAUAUGUGGGCGUUAUGUUUAAAUAUAUUAUUAUAUAUUUAAUUAUUAGGAGAAUAGAACCUACUUAAAUAAAUAAGCAGAAAUGCAACGCAUGCCAUAGUUAAUCACAAGUCUAUUCAAAUAACUGUUUUCAUACAUUUAAGAAAAUAAUACUUUUAUCUACGUAGCGGUAUGUGGUACGGAUUGCAUUUAUUGAAUUAUUUUGUGUAUUAGAUUUUGAAUAUAAUAGUAAAAAAUAUACAUUGCAAAAUUACAUAAAACGUUUAAUCAAAAAUGAUUUGGGGAAGUAUAGUUAGUUGGCAUUAAUAUUGAUAGUUUUGCAUUAAAAGCUAGGAACCUACCAAAAAUGUGGUAGAAUAAUAAUAUGUUAUAAUAAUUUAUAUUUAUCUUUCAUACAGGAGAUGCUUAUAGCGAGUAUUAGGGUUAAGGCGCAUGAAUAUGAUUCAUUUAGUGUAAUGGAGUGAAAGUUACUUUAUCUUUUUGUGAAUUAGUGCGCUGUUAGUUAUUUUAACUUCUGCGAUGCAGUUGUAUCAAUGCAAUCACUUAUUAGUAUUAUUAUAGGUUAGUAGACUUGCCGAUCUGCAACCACUUUCUUUGUUUUCGACUGUAAAAGUUAUCAGGCUUUAUCUGCAAACAUAAGUUUAACAGUUCAAGAAACGGUUUGUAUUUUGUGUAACGACCGAUUGAGAUAUACGCUCUUGAGCUUCCAGCGUAACAUUUGGAGUUACCUAACCUUUUUUUAAAAAUCCCACCUUUAUUUUAUCGUACUGGAGGCUACCAUGAAACAAAACACGUAGCAAAAUAUUGCGUUCACUCGUUCUUUCUUUUUUUACACGACGCAUACACGAUAUGGAAAAAUGAGACUGAAUGUGGACGUUAGCAACGUGCUAUUACGUAUUUCUAUGUUUCGUGGUAGGCUUCGGUUUUGUUUUCAGAAGAGUUUUAUUUCUUUCGUAUGCAGAGUUUGUAGGUUAGUAAACUGCAUACAAUCACAAAGAAGAGUAAUUAAUAUGAGUAGUUUUUAUAUGCUACAAUGAUUUUUGGGCGCCAUACCAUUUAUCAAAUUAGUUGCUAAUAUUAUUGCUAUCUCUUUCGUAUGGUGAAACUAUUUGCAAAUUAGCUAAAUAAUUUGAUAAGUGGAACGGUGCCCUAAGGUAAGAUUUAAUUCAAAAUAGAAGUAAAAUCUUAUCCUACACAUUUCUAACAUAUUGUUUUUUUUUGUCAAAUUACGUGGAAAGUAAAAUUAUUUUUCCGACCGAUUGUUAAUGUAACAAUCUAAUUUUUCAAAUAGUAGCAGAUUAAAGGUAGGUACAUAUUUUCACAUGUAACUUGACUUUAAUGUAAGUAAUAAAUUAGAUCGAUAUCAUAUUGUAGCUAAGGUUAUGUAAAUUAUAUAGAUACCUAUUUAUAUUCUUAUCCAAGAUGAUCUGAAAGCGUUGUGUUUAAUUACUUGACUGACAUUUGUAGAUAUCAUAAAAACAUCAAAAGUACAUAUUUAAAUCAUGAUUGCGAAGAUAUUUUAUGUAAUUAAUCUGAAUAUAAGUAAUAGGAAAUUCCAUAUUUUGCCGAAUGUACAAUUUUGUUGUGAAGUAUGUAUGUAAGUACUUUUACUGCCACUGGUGACGUUUGUGUAGUAAUUUUAUGAUUAUGACGAAAUAUAUUAUCAUGUUGAAGAGUCGCACCUUGCUUUAGUUUUAAGUUAGCGUAAUUUUCAUUUAUAAAAAGAUUUACCAAAACAUGCGCUUAAGUUUUACAUUAGUUAUAUUUUGUUGUAAAUAAUCAAAACAAUAUUUAUAACGCGCUCUAGCAUAAUACAUAUUAUUCUUAUAAAAUAAUAAAAUUUUCACAGGCUA